GGGACAGAGAGCUCGUUGGAUCGACUUGUGCUGCUGCAGCGACCGCCUCCCCGGCCCCCUUUGGACUCAGAACGAGCCCGAAUCUCUCACGACGCUUUCCAUCGUUUCGUUUCGUCUCGCAGGAGCUCUGCAGGUGGAGUGAAUUUGGCGAGAUGACUAGCGUGGCCACAGCUGCCGCGUCGGUGGUUGCUGUGCCAUUUGGAGCAGCUCGAGGAUUGGAAUGUCCUCGAGCUGGGAGCUCUCGGCUAUCGCCUUUUCAUGGCCGGGCGUUGAGUUGCUCUGUGGGCUAUGGCCGAAUUGCCACUGGAUUCAGUCUUUUCGAAUCGCAGAGCAUGAGAGGAAAUUGUUCUUCUUCGGUGGUGAAAGCGGCUGCGCAAUGGAAUGCCACAGGAACAUUGACUAGCCGCCAAAAAUCUAAAGAAAAUGACGAGUUAGAGGUCAUGGAGCCUGAAUUUUACAGGAUGGGUUACAUUCGACACUUCAGGGCGUAUGGUGUAGAAUUUAAGGAAGGGCCUAUGGGUGUGGGAGUGUACGCUGCCAAAGACAUACCAACUCUUAACAAAGCUAGAGUGAUAAUGGAGAUUCCGGCAGAGCUUAUGAUCACUAUAAGCCAGAAACUCCCUUGGUUAUUCUAUCCGGAUUUUUUGCCUAUUGGCCAUCCACUUUUCGAAAUCAUCAAUGCUACCGAUCCAGAGACAGAUUGGGAUUUUCGAUUGGCAUGCCUAUUGCUUCUCGCCCUCGAUCAGGAUGAAAACUUCUGGCAGCUGUAUAGUGACUACUUGCCAGGAAAUGAGGAUAGUACAAGCUUGCUCCUAGCCACGGAGGAAGAAUUACAGGAAUUGCACAACGAAGAAUUGGCAGAAACUAUUAGAGUACAGAAAAAGCGCGUGAUUGAUGCUUGGACAAGCAACUGGCCGUCAGAUUCUGUGUUGAAGCUGAAAAGACUGGCACGUGAUGCCGACCAAUUUUUGUGGGCCGUUGGAGUGGCAUGGUCUCGGAAGUUCAACAUGAGUGUUACGAUAGGAGCUAAGACCCAGGAGGUUAAUAUGCUAAUUCCUUAUGCAGACAUGCUGAAUCAUUCUUUCCAACCGACUUGUUCUAUGAGAUGGCGAAGAAGGGACCGCAUGCUCGAAGUGGUCAUGAAUGCGGGACAAACGAUCAAGCAAGGAGAUGAGAUGACUUUGAACUAUUUUGAUUGUAAACCUAAUGAUACAUAUAUGCAGCUGUACGGAUUCUCUUCGGCCCAGAAUCCCUGGGAUGUAGUGAAGUUUUCGGGUAACGCAAAGAUUCAUUUGGAUUCAUUCUUGUCAGCAUUUAACCUUGCGGGAAUGUUGGAUGAGCUCUACUACAAUGUGGAAGCUGCAGACGUGCCAGAUACUUUCGUUGAUGGAGCAGUGAUUGCGGCUGCACGUACAUUGCCAACAUGGUCUGAUGGGGAUUUGCCUUUCCUUCCUAGUCACGAAAUAAAGGCUGCAAGGGCGCUGCAAGUUGAAUGUCAACAGCAUCUAGACCAAUUUCCUACAACACUUGAGGAUGAUAGAAGGCUUUACGAGUCUCAAUCUGAAAAGCGGAGCCCAAGAUGGCAAGCAGCCGUGAGGUAUCGAAUGGAUCGAAAGGUCUUCUUACGAAAGAUCAUCAAGACCCUUGACCUGUAUAUGCAAAGAAUCCUUUAUUAGGAAGGAUUUUGUCCUGUCCUUGUGAGUUCCUAUUCGGUUACGAUUGUUUGGAGAGGGAAAAGAGGUGCAACUUCAAGUUUUGUAGAAAUCACGAUUCAUGAAAUCUCUCACUUUUUGUAGUAUAAGGAUGCGAGUCCCAGAGACAUCAUGAGCUUUAAUUAGAACCAAGCUUGCACGAACCGAUCAUAGAAUGCCAUACUCCACUUCUGAAGAAGGGGUCCACUGAGAUUUAAUUAGUCAUUGAUAGAGUAGAGUAAGAAACAGUUGCGGCCAGAAGCCGCAACACAACGGCUCUUUAGCCUUGUUAGUAUGUGUAGGACGUGAUUGUCACAGAUCAUUAUUACGCCCUCAAAUGGGACCAGUAAAUGGCUCCACCUCUACUCCUGAGCUCGCUUGAAUACUCAUGGUUGACUCUAUCUGUUCGAGGGUUCUGAGCAAUGCCGCAUGUUGUCCAGGGUCGCAGAUAUGAUGGUUCGCAUCACACGGCAAAUAGAUAGAAGCACCCUGUAACCUGCUCGUUUCUCGAGUUUAGAAAUGAAAUAUGUCGUGG